AAUUCUAGGAACCCGCUUAACGCGCUCGACGCGCUCGACUACGGACUACUCUCAACGCGUCCAUCAAAGCCUCGGCAUUGGCUUACUACUGAUACAACCACCACAAAUCACCACAGAUCGACUCCCAGGCACGGGCAAGCCAAUAUUGUCAAAAAAAAUAUUGUGACGAUGCCUUCAAAGACAGGCACAAAGCCAGGAGGCGCCUCAAGCAGAGGGGAAGAUAACAGCAACUUUGUCGACGAUUAUCUUGCCGAUUGGGACGAUGAUCCGUUCCGGUCACCCAGUCCUGAGCCGGCCAAAAAUGACAAGGCUACGGAAAAGAAGACCGAUGUCCUGGGUAUCGAGAAGGAGCUCGACUUGAAAAGAAGACCUCGAGCCCCCAGAGUCAAGUUGGACGAGGCUCGGCUGCUAUCCGACAAAGGGAUCCCCAAACUCAGAAAGAUGGCGCCCAGGCUGAAGUUUAAGGGAAAGGGACACGAGUUCUCCGACGCCGCUCGCCUGCUCUCCUUUUACCAAGAAUGGCUGGACGAUCUCUUCCCGAAAGCCACCUUCCUUGACGCCCUCGCGAUGGUGGAGAAGACUGGGCACAAGACGGUCAUGCGCAACGCCCGACUGAAAUGGAUCGACGAGACCAAGCCGAGGGCCGCCACCGCGGAGGACGAUGAAGACUAUCGCAUCCACCGGGGAGCAGCUGACCUACGUCAACCGGGUAAGGUUGCGCCGAUAUUCGACAAUGCCGCGAAGGCUGCUGGCGAAAGGGCAAAAACACCGGGAGGGGACAAUUUGUUUGGAGACGACGAUAUUUACAAUGCGACACCGGUUCGAAGUGCUGCCAGCACCGAGCCAUCUAGACAAGUGGUGGCCGACGAUGUCCCCGAUGGAGACGACUUGGACGCGCUAAUGGCCGAAGCGGAGGCCGAGGCCACCGCUAGUUCACAACAUACAGGAUCCGCACCGCCUUUCCGAAGCAUUUUUGGUAAUGGGACAAAAAAUACUGGCCCCGCCCCGGGUCCGCUUGGAGAGCCUGACGAGGACGACCUCGAUGCUCUUAUGGCGGAGGCGGAGGCACAGUCGGUGCCACCGCAAUCAACUUCAACAGCAAUACGCAAGAGCAUUUUCGGAGACGGGAAGCCCGAGCAAUCGACGACACCGGGGAUUGGACGGCACGAUGAUAACCCUCACGCUCAUAAACCAGAGGCAGGAACGGGGACAACGGUUCAGGAAUCCUCCCAAGCGACGGGCGGGGAAGGGGCUACGAAUGGCAAUGCUCACUCGACGAAGAAGAUUGACAAUUUUGACGACGAGGACGACCUCGAUGCGCUAAUGGCGGAGGCGGAGGCGGAGGCAGGAGCAAGGACGGCGGCGGGCACGAAUGCCGCCCCGGACCCUCCAGGGAAGACUAACAACGCUCUACCAGCACCUGCUGAUGCUGGACCCCAAACUGCGAGUUUUGACGAGGAAGAAGAGGCGAUGGCCGAGAUGGACGGUUUAUGGUGAUGCUUGGCUUUUGUACGAUCCCGCACUUCAUGACUAAGCAGUGCCAUGAGAUCUCAGGAAGCACAUUGACGCACGAAGCGCUGGCUAGAUAUACAGCCAAUCCACAUCUGCUUACAGAGUUCGGAGCGAUGUCUAAGUGCUGCGUCAUUCAGUCCGCUCCCAAUCGGCGGUGCCCCAUCGGCAUUUCUUACUUAGGGUAGCUCGACC